AUGCGCAGUAUGUGUGGCUGGAGAAUUCAUGUGGAGGUCAGAGUGGAGGCAGGUGAGAAGCUCAUGUAACCCCUCUGUGUGCCUCAGUUUCCUCAUCCGUAAUAAUCUACUUCAUAGAGGUUGGUGUGAGGAUUAAAUUGCCAGUAGAAGACUGUCUGAUAUAAAGGUGUGAGUGGGUCCAGCAGAAGGAGACAUGGCUGCUAAAGUGUUUGAGUCCAUUGGCAAGUUCGGUCUGGCCUUAGCUGUUGCCGGAGGCGUGGUGAACUCUGCCUUGUAUAAUGUGGACGCUGGGCACAGAGCUGUCAUCUUUGAUCGGUUCCGUGGAGUGCAGGACAUCGUGGUAGGGGAAGGGACUCACUUUCUCAUCCCUUGGGUACAGAAACCAAUUAUCUUUGACUGCCGCUCUCGACCACGUAAUGUGCCAGUAAUCACUGGUAGCAAAGAUUUACAGAAUGUCAACAUCACCCUGCGCAUCCUUUUCCGGCCUGUUGCUAGCCAGCUUCCCCGCAUCUACACCAGCAUUGGAGAGGACUAUGAUGAGCGAGUGCUGCCCUCCAUCACUACAGAGAUCCUCAAGUCUGUGGUGGCUCGCUUUGAUGCUGGAGAACUCAUCACCCAGAGAGAGCUGGUCUCCAGACAGGUGAGCGACGACCUUACGGAGAGGGCUGCAACCUUCGGGCUCAUUCUGGAUGAUGUGUCCUUGACGCAUCUGACUUUCGGGAAGGAGUUCACAGAAGCGGUAGAAGCCAAACAGGUGGCCCAGCAGGAAGCGGAGAGGGCCAGAUUUGUGGUGGAAAAGGCCGAGCAGCAAAAGAAGGCAGCUAUCAUCUCUGCUGAGGGCGAUUCCAAGGCCGCCGAGCUGAUCGCCAACUCGCUUGCCACUGCGGGCGAUGGCCUGAUUGAGCUGCGCAAGCUGGAAGCCGCGGAAGACAUCGCAUACCAGCUCUCACGCUCUCGGAACAUCACCUACCUGCCAGCCGGGCAGUCGGUGCUCCUUCAGCUGCCGCAGUGAGGCCUGCCCUGCCUGCACCUCCUCGGGCCAUCUGGGCCACAGCCCCGAGGAUUCUUAACACCGCCUUCCUUCUGCCCACCCCACCCCUCCGCCCCCCCAGAAUCACUGUGAAAUUUCAUGAUUGGCUUAAAGUGAAAGAAAUAAAAGUAAAAUCACUUCGGAUCUCUUAUUACUCUAUCAGACGAAACUGUUUCAUUCUUCUCAUUUCCAUCCACUUUUUUAUCCACCUCCCUACCCAAAAUUGCCAAGUGCCUACGCAGACCAGCUUGGCUCUUCAGGGCCUGCUGGAGCUCCAGCCUAAACACUGGCAAUUGGCAGAAGAAAGGCAGGGGCACAUGUGUGAUGGGCUGGGGAGCACAGUUGUGAGCCUGAGUAAACGCAUAUCCUCCAACCCAUCAUUUACUCAAGAUUUGAAGAAGAUGGCACACAGUCGAAUCGAGAACUCGGGCCUCUAUUUUUUCCAGUGGUUCCGGCACAGACCCAGCUGAGGAGAGUGCUGGGGAGUGUCAGAGAGGAAGUGGUCUGUCUCUUACCAUAAGGCUGAUUAACUGUGGGGCCAGCGGAAGCAGGUGUGUGCAAACUGGGCAUGGGUUGAGGAAUCUGCCCCUGUGAAGGUGGGUGGGCCUGAUUUGCUGCCCCCCAAGGGUCCUACGACUGGGAUGGACUUGGAUAGUGAGAGAGCAGGCCUGGACUGAGAUGUGAGUCCUCUGGAAGACUUCCUCUCCAGCCCCCACCUUGGUGUCUCUCAAAUACCCGCCGGAAUUCCAACUUGAAAGAUUGCAUCCUGCCGGGGCUGAAUGUGCCUGCCAAAGAAGUGUGCAUCCUGCAUUCCUGGCUCCUUUGUUCCAAGACUGCCCCUCUAGAGGGCUCUGUGCCUGUGCUUUGAAGGAAAAGACCACAGGAAGAAAACAAACGUGUGUAAAUUGCUGUCAAUAAAUGACACCCAACCUUCCA